AUGUCCAAGCUAGUGCCUGCGUUUUUUCUUCCACACCACUCUCACAGCCAAAGAAAGGACUUAUCGGAAAAAGAAGAAGGAAAGGCCACUACUACUACUACUGCUGGGGCAACCACCACCACCACCACCACACGGAAUUGUACUACAAGUAGAGAUGUUCGGGUACAUUCCGAUCCUAUGAGUAAUAGUUCUCCAACCAACCCCAUUUCAUCCACAACAGCAACAACAACAACCACUAGUGAUGACCACCACACAAAGAAACACAUGAAUAUGCAGGAAAAUUCGGCAUUUCUUGAAUCGGAAGAUAUAUUCACUUCUCAUCGACAUAAAAAGUAUCACGGAAGUCAUCAUCACACGAACAGUCUUCCAAAACAACAUCCACUGGCUCCGAAAACAAACUUUAGACACAUUAUUGUAUCACAAUGUCCCGAAGAGAAGGGUAUUACAAUUAUUAGGAUUAAUCGUCCUCAUGUGAAGAAUGCCGUCCAUCGUCCAUGUGCCGAUGAGUUGUUCCAAGCUUUUUAUAAUUUUGAAAAGGAUGAAACUGCCCUUGUGGCCAUUCUUUAUGGAGGAGAAGAUAUGUUUUGUUCGGGCGCUGAUUUGAAAGAAGUGGCGAAAGGAAAUAUGAAUCAAGUAGAAUCUGCAUACGAAACAUUGAAGGGUCCAAUGGGACCAACGAGAAUGGUCUUAUCUAAACCCGUUAUUGCAGCCAUUGGUAGUGGUUACUGCUGUGCUGGUGGUUUGGAACUCGCCGCGUGGUGUGAUUUACGAGUGUGCAAGAAAAAUUCAAUUUUUGGUGUGUUGUGUCGAAGAUUUGGAGUGCCUCUUAUUGAUGGAGGAACAAUUCGAUUACCAGCUCUUCUAGGCCUUUCACGAGCAAUGGACUUGAUAUUAACUGGACGUGAAAUUGAUGGUUGUGAAGCAUAUAAUAUUGGCCUUGCAAAUCGAUUAGUAUCUGAAAAUGAUAAUGUCUUGGAAGAGGCCACUAAAUUAGCCAAACAACUCUGUACCUUUCCUCAAUUGUGCAUGAGACACGAUAAAUUAUCAGCUUACGAUUCAGUGUAUAGCCCUCUUCGAGCAAAACUGCAAAAGGAAUACGAGUAUGGCCUAGCCCCUUUGAAUAUGGAAACACUACAAGGCGCCCGAAAAUUUUCUGAACGACAGUCCAAACUCUAA